GAAACACGUACAGGUGUGGUUGGACGGGAGAACAGGAACGCUGAAUGCCAUGCAGGAAAGACAAGACACGCCUCUGCGAUCGCUUCAGCCGCAGACACGAUGCCUGCGAUGUGGGGACGUCCUGGAGUGGUCAGAGGAGCACAGCGUCCUGCUGGGCUGUUCCUGCUGCUCCACCGUGGAUGAGACCCUGCAGAAGGUCAGCAGAGGCCUGGUCAGCAGAGGGACCAAGGAGACGAAGCACUGGGCAGCCGGGAGAGUGGGAGACAUAGACUUCACCGGCUCCACCAAAAUGAGAGGAAAGUUUGUCAGAGUGAAAAGCAGCACAGAUCCGGUCCUGAUCUACCAGAUGCUAACAGAGGAGUGGGGUCUGGCUCCUCCACACCUGGUGGUGGCGCUGGUGGGCGGGGAUGAAGUGGCUCAGAUGAAGCCUUGGCUAAGGGACACUCUGAGAAAAGGACUGGUGAAGGCGGCACAGAGUACAGGGGCAUGGAUUUUGACCAAUGGUUUGCGCUUUGGCAUCACUAAACACUUGGGCCAAGCCGUUCGGGAUCACUCCUUGGCCAGUACGUCCUCUAAAGUCCGUGUGGUGGCCAUUGGCAUCGCACCCUGGAACAUGAUCCACAACAGGGAGGCUUUACUCCACGCCAAGGGAGAUGAACCUGCCAUGUACAAGCCACAGGACCUCCCUCACGGGUCAGUGUAUUCCCUGGACAGUCACCACUCUCACUUUGUGCUGGUUGAAGAGGAUCCCAACAGACCAGGAGCCACCAGUGAAAUGAGGGUGAAGCUGCUUAAACACAUCUCACUGCAGCGGACUGGUUACGGAGGUGCAGGGAGUUUUGAGAUUCCUGUUCUGUGUCUCCUGGUCCACGGGGAACCCCGGAUCUUGAAGAGGAUGUACAAAGGCAUUGGUAAUUCCACACCAUGGCUGAUCUUGGCCGGCUCAGGAGGUGUGGCUGACAUCCUUGUCACGCUGAUGAAUAGGGGCUGCUGGGAUACGGACAGCGUUCAUGAGCUGCUGUUGGACACCUUUCCAAAUGCUCACCACAGCACAGACAUCAGUAACUGGGUCAAGCUGAUUAAGAAGAUCCUGGAUCAUGGACACCUCCUUACAGUUCAUGACCCUGAACAGGAAAGCUCAGAGCUGGACACAGUCAUCCUCAAAGCGCUUGUCAAAGCCUGUAAAAGCCAAAGUCAGGAGGCGCAGGACUUCCUGGAUGAACUGAAACUGGCUGUGGCCUGGAACAGAGUGGACAUUGCCAAAAGUGACAUCUUUAAUGGAGAUGUGGAAUGGAAGGCGUGUGACCUUGAAGAGGUGAUGAUGGAUGCACUGAUCAACGACAAACCAGACUUUGUGCGCCUCUUUGUGGACAACGGGGUGAACUUGGGUGAGUUCCUCACUUAUGGUCGCCUGCAGGAGCUCUACUGGUCUGUUUCGGAGAAGAGCCUCCUCCACAACUUGCUCCUCAAAAAAUAUCAGGAGAAGCAAGUUCUGCUGGGAGCCGCCAGGACCCCGGGUCCGCCGGGGCACCACCCGCCUGAACAAGGAGACCGCAAACCCCGCUUCACUCUGUAUGAAGUCGCCAAAGUGCUGAAAGACUUUCUCCAUGACUCCUGCAAGGGAUUUUACCAAAAGGUUCCCACAGAGAAGUCCGCUAAGGGUCGACUGUUCCACAGCCAGAAGAACCUGGCUGAGCUGGAAGAGCGUUGUGAACAUCCUUGGAGGGAUCUGUUCCUCUGGGCCGUCCUGCAGAACCGUCAGCAGAUGGCUAACUAUUUCUGGGCUAUGGGCCCUGAGGCUGUAGCGGCAGCGCUGGCGGGUUGUAAGAUUCUCAAAGAGAUGGCACGACUGGAAUCGGAGGCUGAGUCUGCACGGAGUAUGAAGGAGGCCAAGUAUGAGCAGUUUGCCCUUGAUGUGUUUGGAGAGUGCUACUCCAACAGUGAAGACAGGGCUUACGCUUUGUUGGUGAGGAGAACACACUGCUGGAGCAAAUCUACAGUCCUUAAUUUGGCAACUGAGGCAGACGCCAAAUCCUUCUUUGCACAUGAUGGAGUUCAGGCUCUUCUCACAAAGAUCUGGUGGGGAGCGAUGACAACAGACACAGCCAUCUCCAAACUGGUGGUGUCCUUCUUCUGUCCGCCGCUCAUCUGGACCAACCUCAUCAAGUUCAGUGAUGAGGAGGUGGAUCAUCAGAGUGGGCCGCAGCAGUUUGCAGAGCUGGACAGUCUGGACACAGAAAAGGCAUUACUCCUGACUGACGACAACCACCCUCUGGAUUCUUCACCUGGGGACCCUGCGGCCCAGAGCUGCGCUGCAGUAUGGUGGCGUUUCCUACUCCGCCGCUGGCGUCGCUUCUGGAGCGCUCCUGUCACUGUGUUCCUGGGUAACGUCAUCAUGUAUUUCGCCUUCCUCUGCCUCUUCACCGACGUUCUCCUGCUUGACUUCCGCCCACCACCCCCUGAUGGCCCUGGAGCACCUGAGGUCAUGCUGUACUUCUGGGUCUUCACGUUGGUGCUGGAGGAACUUCGUCAGAGCUUCUUUACAGACGAGGAGAUGAGCAUCUCGAAGAAGUUCAAACUCUACGUGGAGGACAACUGGAACAAAUGUGACAUGGUGGCCAUCUCACUCUUUGUUGUUGGAGUAUCAUGCAGGAUGGUUAAAGACACCUAUCAGGCAGGAAGAACAGUUUUGGCCAUAGACUUCAUGGUGUUCACUCUGCGUCUGAUCCAUAUAUUUGCUAUAAACAAGCAGCUGGGGCCCAAGAUCAUCAUCGUUGAACGAAUGAUGAAAGACGUCUUCUUCUUCCUGUUCUUCCUGAGUGUGUGGCUCAUUGCGUAUGGCGUCGCCACCCAGGCUCUUCUCCAUCCCAACGACCCCAGAAUCGACUGGGUGUUCCGCAGAGCCUUGUACCGGCCCUACCUGCACAUUUUUGGACAGAUCCCACUAGAAGAAAUAGACGCUGCUCGCAUGCCAGACAUGAACUGCACUAACAACACAGAGGAGAUUAUCAUGGGCCUGCGGCCACCGUGUCCAAACCUCUAUGCCAACUGGCUGGUCAUCCUCCUGCUGGUUAUCUUCCUUCUCGUCACCAACGUUCUGUUGCUCAACCUGCUCAUUGCCAUGUUCAGCUACACCUUCCAGGUGGUGCAGGGAAACACAGACAUCUUCUGGAAGUUUCAGAGAUACAACCUGAUAGUUGAAUACCACAGCCGCCCCGCCCUGGCCCCGCCCUUUAUCAUCAUCAGCCACCUCUCGCAGCUGUUCCUCAGCGUGGUCAAACAACCCGAAACCAAGCAGGAGCAUCUUGAGAGGGAGCUCCCCGCAGGGCUGGACCAGAGGCUGAUCACAUGGGAGUCAGUGCAGAAAGAGAACUACCUGGCCAAACUGGAGAGGCAGCACUGGGAGAGCAGCGAGGAGAGGCUGAAGAACACCUCCUCUAAGGUCCAGAGCUUACUGAGGAUUGUUGGUGGUGUCAAGGAUCAAGAGAAGCGAAUGGUAUCCAUGGAGGCUCAGCUCAGGUAUUGUGGAGACGUGCUGUCCUGGAUGGCAGAGUGCUUUGCUCAAAGUACACUCAAGUGUGGAAGAGAGGCUCCAAGAGCUCCAAUGUCUUUGACAGGCAGUAAGACCGCUGAUGGACCUCAAAAUGAAGCAGACAAAGAAGACAAACAGAAAGCAAGAGGAGCCACCGAAGAGCAGACAGGAUAUGGAGCUGCCAAGAACUUCCCCUACAUGGAUGACUAGUUCAUCAGAGAGCCCGUUCUGAUGUUGUAGAGUAGGUGUAUUUUGUUUUAGGAGAAUUUGAAGUAUGUAAUUGAGUCAAAUGGGCACUGAUUUGAUUUGUAAUUAAAUCAAUUUCUAAUUUAUUGAAAUUAUUAAAAA